AGGCUCUAAUAUUAAAACUCUCUGACUUUAUUCAUGAUUUGAUUCAGUUGUGAAGUGAAUAAGCAUUUGUUAAUGUAGAGAUCAGAGUGGAACAAAGGCACUCUGGUGUUUGUAAUACAUAAUCUGAAGAGGAAAAAAAACCCACAGCCCUGCCAGCUGACUAUACGGGACCUUUAAUGCAGCUGCAGCUCUUCAUUCAGAUGCUGAGUGGAGCAGCGGAUGACCGGAUGAAGGGACGCUUUUCUAGGAAAAACCAGACCACAGCUUUUUUCUAAUCGCAUUUUCAAAACCCACUCUGAUGCACACUGAGGGAUUCCCCCCCGUUACUUAUAGUGUUUAGCUGUGGAAGCGCUGCCCUGGAUGCAGACUGAGCGGAUUGCGGCAAUCAAAGCGUCCUGAGUGAUCGGAGCUCAGCGGCAGCAGCAGCAUCUCAUUGUAUGAAAUGCGUCACCGUGAUCCUGUUCUCCCAUUUACUCAUCUCAGCUCUCACCUCACGGACUGUUCCCCGCACUGACAAUUUCAUCAGGUAACCACAUGCGCGGGCCGGUGUCACCGCGCUGAGCCCGGAGAGCACGAAGGGUACUGGGGUCAGAGAGACAAGAGCGGCCGGGAAAGGUGGACCGGAUGUCAGCCAGAACCUCUGAGGCCUCGGGACUGUCGGUGCCGCUGCACCGCUGUCACGGGGUUUUCCAGGCCAAUAACGGCACCUGCGCGGAGCAGCUGAGCUUUUUUCCGCCGUUCUCCUCCACCCUCGCGCUCCUCGUGCUGGUGGCCGUGCUCGUGGGGAUCAUCCUCGUUUCCCUGGCAACGUUCCACUUCCACAAGAGGAAGCUCCGGAAUAGGAAGAUCCAGCGCGCGCAGGAGGAAUACGAGCGCGACAGUCGCAGCCCCGCGCGCGGUGCCGGGGCGAGCGGGGAGCCCGCGAGGCCGUGCGUCAUCGUCCGGCCGGUGAGAUGUGAGGAGAAGCUUUCGUGCCAGAGCGCGGAGCCUGAGAGCGGGGACGCCACGGAGGUGGCGGAGGGCGAACAGGCGCUGCACGAGACAGUUCCUCUUGACUGUUAACUUGGUGCAACUUCAGGGAAUGAGACUGUGGAAUAAACAGGAAAAGCAAUAAGGCACAAAGAACUCCCACACCCAUCUCUGCUGCUUGUAGAUGACUUAGAAACAUUAACGCAGAAUACUGAGCAGAAUAGAGGUAGAUCUACAGUGGCAUAGGUUAGCUAUGUGGCCACACACCCUCCUAAUACACUAGUAUUUAGCCAACCAAUUCCUUAUGGCACUGUAUAAAGUAUUUGCCUGCUUUGACUUUUGGACCUCCUCCUCUUCCUCAGCCUAAAACGUUGUUUAAACCUCAAAGAUGUUUAAACUUUAAAUCCUCCCUGGGAUGUGACACACGGUUGUGUUGAAUUAUUAAGAGUUGGUGACACAACACAGACCAUAAUGGCUCGCUGAUCUUCCUUGGCAUGUCUCUCUGACACACUACCAGUAUGUAGUUAGACUAUAAUGGAUGUUGUGGUGCUGUUAGGCAGUGCAAAGCUGCAUAUAGGCUGUAGAAAAAUGGCUUAUUUGUUUGCGUAGUAUUUUUUCCUUCAAUUAAGUGACUUAGCAUAUUUGCCUAAAGUACUGUCCUCCAAUGUCUGGUAGACAUAUAGCUCUAGUUAGCCUGACAGGAUGCAAGACUUUUUUGCCGUAGUAUUGCACAUAAGAUUUUUUUUAAAAAAAAUGUGUCAGAUAGUAAGUUUUAGCGCUGAUAUAGUAUUUUCAUUUUUGAGUAUUUAUAAUGUAUUCUCUGACAUGUAAUAAACUGAGGAUCGGUUUCAGUUCAAGCCCGUCCUUUUGUUUUUUUCUUUCUUAAUCCUUCAUAUUGUAUCAUCGUGGGCCUAAUAGAAAUUCUGUGUCAUUUAUUAUGAUAUGAAUUCACUGUAAAUGUAUGCCAUUAUGAGAGCUGGAAUGUUUUACAGUAACAUCAUCUUUCUGGAGUUCAUAUAAUCUGCCUUAUCAAAGGAAAAUAUGUAAUAUUCUAAGUUUAUAAAUAAAUACUUACAUUAUGUUAAUCCUU